ACGAAACAAGAGUGAAUGGGCCUGGUCUGGUCUUCCACCGACCGGAGCUCCGACCGUGAGCGGCGGCAGGGGGACGGGAUCGCAGAGCCAGCACCCGGAGCGCAGUUCGAAUCCUAAGCCGGAGCGCGGGCCACUGUCCAGAGCCAGGAACGCGGUUACUGGAAGGAAAAAUGGCCAGUGAUACACCAGGUUUCUUCAUAGACAAACUUAAUAAAUACCGUCAGAAGAAUGGAGUAACAAUUACGUAUAAAGAACUUGAUGUUACAGGACCUCCACAUGACAGGAGGUUUACAUUUCAAGUUAUAAUAGACGGGAAAGAAUUUCCCGCAGCCGAAGGUAAAUCCAAGCAGGAAGCAAGAAAUGCUGCUGCCCAAUUAGCUGUUAAUACACUUAACGACGAAAAUAAGGUGGAUAAUCAGACGGAUGCUUCUGAGGGGUCGUUCGUUGGGAAUUACAUAGGCCUUGUCAAUAGUAUUGCCCAGAAGAGAAACUUGUCUAUAAAUUAUGAACACACCGUCUCUGAUGCGCAGUCACCCCACAAAUUUAACUGUAAAUGCAAACUGGGGGAGACAACAUAUGGUGUCGGUUCAGGUGCUACCAAACAGGAAGCAAAGCAGUCGGCUGCUAAAGAGGCAUAUCAGAAGCUAUCGGAGAAAAGCUCAAUGAGUGUUGACAGAGCAGCAUCUGGUUUCACCUCGUCUUCAUCCAGUGGUUUUACCUCGUCUUCAUCCAGUGGUUUUACCAUGUCUUCAUCCAGUGGCCUGUCCAGCAGCUCGUCUCUAAUAAGCAAUUUAAACCUGGAACCUAAUGAUGUGGGAGAGAAUAAACAUACCGUAGACUGCAGGCUUAACAAGGACUAUGAAGAUAUAGAAAUAAUUGGCUCAGGUGGAUUUGGCCAGGUCUUCAAAGCAAAACACAGAAUUGACGGAAAGACUUACGCUAUUAAGCGUGUUACGUAUAACACAAAGAAGGCACUGCGUGAAGUAAAAGCUCUGGCGGCGCUCAACCAUGUCAAUAUUGUUCAAUACCAUGUUUGUUGGCUGGGAGAGGACUAUGAUUUCGAGGAGAGCUCUGAUAACGAGUAUGAUUUCGAGCAGAGCAUGAAUAACGAUCCAAGUCGACCAAAGACCCGGUGUCUUUUCAUCCAAAUGGAAUUCUGUGAUAAAGGAACUCUGGAGCAAUGGCUGGAAAAUGGAAUGCUGAGUAACACAGACAAAGAUUUGAUUUUGGAAUUAUUUGAACAAAUCACGACAGGGGUGAAUUAUAUACACUCGAAAGGUUUAAUUCAUAGAGAUCUUAAGCCAGGUAAUAUAUUUUUAGUAGAUGAAAGACGCAUAAAGAUCGGAGACUUUGGCCUCGCAACAGCCCAGGAAAGUGACAGAGCUCGAACAAAGGAUACAGGAACUUAUUUAUACAUGAGUCCAGAACAGAUGUAUUUAUCGGAAUAUGGAAAAGAAGUGGACAUCUUUGCAUUAGGACUUAUUCUAGCUGAACUUCUUCACACAUGCAACACUUUUUUUGAGAAAUCAAAGUUUUUCCAAAACCUAAGAGAUGGCAUCUUCCCUGAUGAUAUAUUUGACAACAAAGAGAAGAGUCUUCUAAGGAAAUUACUCUCGAAGGAACCCAGGGAACGACCUAAUGCAUCUGAAAUUCUGAUGACCUUGGCUGAAUGGAAGAACAUCUUGGAGAAAAAGAAAAGACACACAUAUUAGGACCUUCCUGAAAAAGUGCUGCACUUCUGAUAUGUGGUUUUCCUUUAGCUACCUAAUAUCUGAGAUGGAGUAUUGUGGAUGUUGUACUUUUCUUUCCUUAAGUUUUGAGGAAACUUAAAGAAAGAUUUUUUGCA